AUGGUCAACAGGGAUUUGACAGUGGGAACGAUGUAUUUGUCACAACUCAUCAUUGCAGUCCUGGGGAAUUUUUCUCUUCUUUCCCAUGACUUCCAUCUCUACCUCACAGGAUGCAAGUUCAGGCCCACAGACUUGACUAUCAAACACCUGACUGUAGCCAACUGCUUAGCCAUUCUGUGUAGAGGAGUCACACAGACCAUGGCAGCUUUUGGGAUGGAGGACUUUCUGAGUGACAUGGGGUGCAAACUUUUGUUCUAUGUGCACAGAGUGGGCAAAGACAUGUCCAUUAACAGCACUUGCCUCUUGAGUGUGUCCCAGGCCAUCAUCGUCAGUCCCAACAACUCCAGGUGGGCAGAGUUCAAAGCAAAACUUCCCAGGUGCAUUGGUCCCUGCAAUAUCCUCUGUUGGAUGCUGAACCUGACGGUCAAUGUUGUGGUUCCUGUGCACGUGACUGGGGGCAAGAGUGACAAAAAUAUUACAAAGACUAUGGACUUGGGCUACUGUUAUUCUUUGAAUCAUGACAAAUUCACAGCAUUACUGUACACAGCCCUGGUGAACUUCAGAGACAUUUUCUUCAUAGGACUCAUGCUGUGGUCCAGCGGCUUCAUGGUUCUUAUGCUCUAUAGGCACAAGCAACAGGUACAACACAUCUAUGGGACCAACACCUGCACCAGGUCCUCCCCAGCAUCCAGAGCCACAAGCAGCAUCCUGGUCCUGGUGAGCACAUUUCUGUCCUUUUGUACUCUCUCCUCUAUCUUUCACAUUUGCUUGAAUAUUUUAGGAAAUCCCAGGUUGUGGUUGGUGCACACCUCAGCACUCAUCACUGGGAGCUUCCCAGCUGUGAGCCCCUACAUUCUCAUGAGCCAUGACUCCAGAGUGCCCAGGCUCUGCUGCACCUGCACAAGGAAUGCAAACUCCCUGAAUUAUUGA